CCACAGCAGAUAAAGCCAGGAGCCGAGUGACUGAGAGACAGAUGGUAAGGGAGAAGGAAUGAAGGAAAGAGAAUGAAAGCAUGAAAGUGUGGCAUGUUGAAAGGUGUCUCAGAGAUGUGCCGGGUGCCUACUUCCUGUGUGUGUGAGAGUCCGUGUCCUCUCUGGCCUCUGGAGGGGAGAAGCUCCUGCUGUCUGCUUUACUUUGUUCUCACUGCCAAAAUACCCCUAUUGUGGUAGAUUCCCCCUCUCGUUCAAUUACCGAAAACACAGACACAGCCACACACACACACACACACACACACAAACCCAUCAACAGGUGCCUCAGAGUAUGUGACCAUUCCCUACAUCCCAUAAUUCUCUGUCCUGCCAAUCAUCCCACAGAUCUACAGAGCACUGAAACUCAGAGAGGAAAGAAAGGAUGGUGUGACCAUACCAUGGUUCAGGGGGAAAAGCUGCAUUCGGUCACAGGAGCCGUGUUCACGUCACUGACGCAACUAUUUUCUGAGCAAACCUCUGAUCGGAAGAGCAAGGACAGGGAUCCAGUGUGUAUCCAAGAGUGAGAGUGUGUGCCACGUGCUGCACAUCACUAUCUGGUAAAGCGGCCAGUGUGUGACGUGAGUCAAACAGGCAAAAUGGAGCCAGGAAUGAAGGUUCUGCUUUGGGUACUUUAUUCCAGUAGCAUGUUCGCUCUCACAGGAGGUUCUGAGGCAGAGCGGAGGCUGUUGCAGGAUCUAUUUGAGGAUUAUAACCUGAAGGUGCGUCCUGCUCGGGCCUGGAACGAGACAGUGAUGGUCAGAGUCGGGAUGACGCUAGUGCAGCUCAUUAGUCUGGAUGAGAAGAAUGGAGAGAUGACAACGAAUGUAUUCAUGAACAUGGCAUGGUCUGACUACAGGUUGUCCUGGAAUCCAAAGGACUAUGACAAUAUUGAUGUUAUCCGAAUCCCCCCUACCAAAGUAUGGCGUCCAGACAUCUACCUAAUCAACAAUAACGAUGGGCAGUUUGACGUUGCUCUUUAUGUGAAUGUGCUGGUUAAUAGCGAUGGCACAGUUUCCUGGCUGCCUCCAGCUAUAUACCGCAGCUCCUGCUCCAUUGAGGUGGCCUAUUUCCCGUUUGACUGGCAGAAUUGCACAAUGGUGUUUCGCUCGUAUACGUAUGAUGCCUCAGAGGUGGAUCUACAGUACAGCCUGGAUGAGGAUGGAAAAGAGAUUCAUGAGAUAGUCAUAGAUGAAAAUGCUUUUACUGAGAAUGGAGAGUGGCAGAUCUGCCACAAACCCAGCAGGAAGAACAUCCAGGAGGACCUCUAUGAAGACAUCACCUUCUACCUGAUCAUCGAGAGGAAACCACUGUUCUACAUCAUCAACAUCAUCGUGCCUUGCAUCCUUACUAGUGUGUUGGCUAUAUUCGUUUUCUAUCUGCCACCAGGAGCAGGAGAGAAAAUGACUCUGUCCAUCUCUGUCCUUAUUGCCCUCACUGUCUUCAUGCUCCUGCUUGCUGAUAAAGUCCCUGAGACAUCUCUGGGAAUCCCAAUUAUUGUGAAUUAUGUGAUGUUUACGAUGAUCCUGGUGACCUUCUCAGUCAUCCUCAGUGUUGUGGUGCUAAACCUGCACCACAGGACCCCCAGCACACAUUAUAUGCCCAUCUGGGUGCGCAAGGUGUUCAUCAACUUCCUGCCUCCCUACCUGGGUGUACUCAGACCCCGCCCAGAAGAACCUGUACAGAAGGAGGAGCCUAAAGAGGACCCUCCCAUAGCCCGUGCUGACUACAAUCUCAGGCCCGGAGGAGAAUAUUUCAUCCGAAAGAUUAAUCCUGAACUGAUCGCACCAUGGAGGGGAAGCCACUCUGAUAACACGGUGCAGCUGCAGAGACUUUUUGACAGUGACAGCUACUGUCUGAUCCUGCCUCCUGAUCUUAAAUCAGCCAUUGCUGCCAUCACAUACAUGGCUGAGCAACUGAAAAAACAAGAUAUGGAUGAUACUAUGACUGAUGACUGGCAGUACAUUGCCAUGGUCGUGGACCGCCUCUUCCUCUGGCUUUUCGUUAUCAUCACCACCUUGGGCACCCUUGCCAUGUUUCUGGAUGCCAGCUUCAAUCACACACCUGAGGACCCUUUCCCAUGAGUGUAUCACACACACCAGACCAAUCUGACUAAAAGCGCACACACACACACACACACAUCCAUACUCUUUUCCAAAGGAAAACACACACAGUCUCUCUACAGCAUCUGUGACCACCCAUCUGUCUCCACCUAGGUUCCAGCAUUUGCCUAAAAGUUUUUAGUGCAAACUGGAUAUUUUUCAGCUUGUAGUUCCUACAACAAAUCAGAAGAGGGCACCAGAGUGUGAGUUAUGAGUUACAGUGAGUGCAGUUAUUAGUACUUGUGCAGUUAGUUAGUAUUUGUUCUAGUUUUUACCUUGCAUGGACUCAUGAACAAAUUCUUCAGAUUCCACAGAUCACUCAUGUCUUUAUACAAUUCCUGACUUUUCAUCUACUAAUUUAAUGGUGUCACUGAGGUAGGUGUGUAUAGGGAACAUGGUUACUCUGAUAAAACAGAGGAAAUAAUAUUUUGUACGUUAUGCAGUGUCUGUUUGAUUAAAAUGUGUAAUGCACUGCUGUAAAAAAAACGCAUUCUCUUUCUCUGUGUAAACUUUAAUUUGUGAAUAAAAUACACUCACCAGACACUUUAAUAGGAACACAUUCAUGCAAUUAACCAAUCAGCCAUGUGGUAGCAGCACAGUGCAUAAAAUCAUGCAGAUACAGGUCAAGAGCUUCAGUUAAUGUUCACAUCAAACAUCAGAAUGGGGAAAAAAAUGUGAUCUCAGUGACAUGUGUCCACUGUAGCCUCAGAUUCGUGUUCUUGGGUGACAGGAGUGGAACCCAGUGUGGUCUUUUGCUGUUGUAAACCAUCCACCUGAAGGCUUGGUGUGUUGGGGAUUCUGAGUUUUUCUGCUCACCACGGUUGUAAAAGUGCUUAUUUGAGUUACCGUUGCCUUCCUAUCAGCUCGAACCAGUCUGACUAGUCAAGGCAUUUCCACCCACAUAACUACCACUGACUGGAUGCUUUUUUUUUUUUUUUUUACUCAAACCAGACGAUCUGGUGAAAAUAACGAUGCCACAGGCACUAAGGUUACAUUUUCCCCCCAUUCUAAUGCUCAAUCCGACUAUUACCUGAAGUUCUGCAUGAUUUAUGCAUUGCACCGCUGCCACAUGAUUAACUGACUGGAUAACCACAUGAAUUGAGCAGGUGUACAGUUCAUUCAUAUUCAAGUGAAGUGAAGACACAGGAGUUACAUCACCUGUUAAUCACUUAGAAAGUGUGUUUGAGCAGGGAAAACACUAAGUCCACAUAUAAUCUUAGAAAAGAGAUGUUUUGUCUCAUUCCACAUCUCUCUCUCUCUCUCUUCUUAUGCUGUCUCUUCUAAUUUCUCUCUUGAGUCCUGUCUCAGGCAUAACUAUGAUCAGGAAUGUUGGGGCCUUUUUCAGACAACAGUAUACAGACAUGAGAUUGGAAAUCAUAAACUAGUCAAGACAACAUUAUUUAUAUAAUUAAAUUACAAGGUAUUAAAACUAUGGCA